CCACCUCAAAAACUCUGACCGAUUCUUUCCUUCUUCCGUCUCUAAGAAUUAGCAGUAGUUCAAACUUCAAACGAGACGUGAGUGAGCAUUUAGUGCAUUUAAACUGUAAAAUAACAAAUGUCUAAGGGCUGUAGCUACACUGUUCGACGCUUGAUCCUUUCGCGACCGCAAUAGCUCCCAUUUCCGAACCUUGCCAUUUAAGAGGAGGGGGAAAGAGAGAGAGAGCGGGACCGAGACAGAGAAAGAGAGCUCGCGCCCAUGGCGACGACAACGACGACGCUCGGUUGAGGAGGCGAAUGGGAAUUCCAUCUCCGAUUCCUCUCCGCCAAAUCGAGGGACUCCUCCGCCGCGAGCGACCCCGCCUCGGAUCCUUACCUCCUCCAAUCCGUAUGCUUUUCCCCUUUGAAUUCGUUCUCCUUUUUGGGCAAAAAGUUUGAUCCAGGGUUUCGUUCUGGGGCUUAUGUGAUUGAGGGUGAGGAAGAUCUACGAGAUUUGUAAGGAAUCGGGGUCGGAGGAGUUGGUGGCUCGAGCUUACCCCCAUAUGAACAAGCUCUUCCAGCGAUGCGUCUCUGCGCUUCCCCAGUCGCUGACCUCCAAUGGCGUUCUUCUCCUGACUGUCCUCCAAUUUUUCCUUGAUUUUCGAGAAGUGGUUCUGCAUGAUGCUGAUGCUAGUCUAAGCGCCUUCUUUCGGUCAUGCCUGAAGAGUUUGCAGAUACUGUUGUUGCCGAACAUGCACUUGAGUUUCUUAAUGCGAACACAGCGAAGAUUCUCAGAUCUCAUCCUUCCAUACUGCCACAGGUUCAAAUAUUUAUCCGGCUAUUAAAUGGAAAGAGGCUUAUAGUUCGUGUUAGCUUAAGUGACACUGUGAGAGAACUCAGAUAUUUGAUUGGGAGGAAAACGGGCAUCCCGUUGGAAGAAUGCAAUAUUUACAGUCAGAUAUCAAUUUGAAGAGAGAAUGCAUUGAUUCAGAAACCCAACGAUUCUGAAAAACGCAGUGCAUGCAGAUUGAAUGCUUUGAGACUAUUUAGAGAAUGCACAAAUCAUGUGUGCAUCCAACUUUAGUGAUUGAACUACGUAAUAUAA